CCUCUCUCAAAACACCAAAACCCCUCUUCUCCUCUCUUUCGCUUUCUCAUUUGUUUUCCCAAAUAUUAAUUACUCUCAAUUUUCUUCUGCUCGUAGCUGCCAUCUUUGAUUCAUGGACGACCGAGAUCGAAUCGUCUCCACUGGAGAGAGACCUGUUAACCCAGAUGUCUUAAAAGAGCAGCCAGUUUCACCCAAAGACGAGAGGCUAGCUUCAGCAAAUCCUUCUCCUGCUCCACUCAUGACUGGGCCUUCCCGCAAUGCAGCAGAACAACCCAAGUUUUCAGAUGAUGGUGGAGGACUUAGCGCCACCCAUCCUCUCAAAUUGCAUGUGUCCAACGAACCGAGCAUGCCUUACAGUGGUUAUGGAAGUAGCACUGGUACUUGGGAUGGAUAUCAUCAGUAUCUCAAUACUGAUGGAAUGCAUUUAAUGUCGCCGGUCAUGUACAGUGAUAAUCCAUCUCUUGUGUAUCACUCUGGUUACGGUUUCAAUCCUGAAAUUGCAUAUGGACAAUAUUCACCGGUCGCUACACCUUUGGCUUCUUAUAUGGUAGAUGGCCAGCUGUAUUCUCCACAACAGGUCCCCUUCUCUCCAACUUACUACCCUCAACCAUCUUCUCCAAGUCUGCCUCCUAUUACUUCAGCUAUUCCAGUGACACCGGCCGAGCUGAUGACCUCAGAAAGUAGUAGCACUGACAACAUGGCCUUUGGGCCAGGAUCAAAUGACUUCGUAAAUUUUAGAUCAUUUAGUGGAGGAGACAUGUCUGGGAGUUUUGGUUCGAGUCCUUUAGCAUCUCCAGGGAUUUAUCCUCAGCCAAUGGGCAUACUCGGACCUUAUGAACACAGUGUUGGGCAGAGACCAAUGCAUGGAUAUGGAAUGGUAUCUAGUUCCUUUACAGGGCACUACCCACAUAACACUUCUCAUCAGAGCUCCAACUUUGGCGGUCCUUCCCUUUCUUACUCUUUUGGUACUGACCGGAGCCGACUUUCUGUUGACAAGGGCAGAAGAAAAGAAAAGGACUGGGAUUUAAUUUCUGUUAUCAGUAAUUCACAUGAUAUCUCCAAUGACCGUAAUCGAGGGCCGAGGGCUUCAAAGCUGAAGGAAAAGAGUGUGUCUGACCAGGGCUCUUCAUCUAGUGCCAAGAAAAUGGAUCGGUCUGCUUCUGGAAUUAACCUCGACUCAAUUAACCGGAAGGAUUUUGUUACAGAUUACGAGGAGGCAAAGUUCUUUAUCAUUAAGUCCUUCAGUGAGGAUAACGUUCAUAAAAGUAUUAAAUAUCGUGUUUGGGCUAGCACUCCCCAUGGGAACAAGAAGCUUGAUGCUGCUUUUCAUGAGGCAAAGAAGAUAAAAAGCAGCUGUCCAGUCUUUCUCUUUUUUUCGGUUAAUGCUAGCGGACAGUUUUGCGGAGUAGCCGAAAUGGCUGGACCAGUAGACUUUGAAAAAGAUGCUGAUUACUGGCAGCAAGACAGGUGGAAUGGACAAUUUCCUGUUCAGUGGCACAUUAUUAAGGAUGUUCCAAACAUUCGCUUCCGUCACAUUCUACUUGAAAAUAAUGAUAAUAAGCCUGUCACGCACAGCCGAGAUUGUCAGGAGGUGAAUCUGAAACAAGGAAUUGAGCUGUUGAAAAUUUUCAGUGAUUAUGAUGCACGGACAUCUAUAGUUGAUGAUUUUGAAUUUUAUGAUGACCGUGAAAGGUCCUUGAAGGAAAGGAAAGCCAGACAACAACCUUCUGCAACUAAGGAUACUACUGAUUCUCUUGCUCCUGAUACUGUGAAGGAAGUUUCUAAUAUUUCCGAUAAAGCCUUGGAGAUGAAAGGAAGCAGUGGCAAAGAAUUUGCAGAAACUGAACACGACUGUAGCUCCAAAAAGGAUUCAGUUGUAUAUGAACAUGAUGCGGUACAGCAAAUAUCUGAUAGUUUAUCUCAAGUAUUGCAGUUGGAAAAGAGUGACACAGAGUUAGUACCACCAUCUGAAAGAGAUGGCACACAUGACAGCGAGCCUGUUGACGAGAAGGUAACAGUUGUAUCAAUUUAAAGUUGUGGGUAUGCACCUUAGGCAUGUAUGUGACUACACACUACCUACUGUACCAUUGUGAUUUUAUGGAUUCUUCACUCACUAGCUGACAAAUAUUGAGGUGGCAAUUUGAUCAUCUCCUGCAGUCUGGGUUCAGGCAGACUCCCGUUCCUCUAUUUUUCAUGGUCAAUUGUUCAGAGCAAUUAAGUGGUUCUCCUGGAAUGAUUGGGCAGGGAGGCUGUUUGACACUUUUGUAUUGAGUUUUGUUUAGCUUCUUUUUUAGGGCAUAUAGUUUUUGGAAAUAUGAAGUAGUUGAGCAAAUAUGCAUGUUGCGGUGGGGCCUUCUGUAUGAGGGAAUUCUAUAGUUCUUGACUGAUUAUAUGUUGGUUACUGGGUAAUGGAAGAAUUGUGAUGUUACCCAUUUGGGAGGUUAGAUGAAUAAAGGAAUUCACAAGAAGCAUUGUUGAAGAAAAUAACGUCUUUUCAAAACCUUU